GCUGAGGCCGAAGAUGUCCGCUCCUUCGGAGAAGUUAGAAAUCUCGCAGGGCGUCGGUGACGCCUCCUCCUGCCACCGAAGCUUUCGUCUGAUUUGUUAUUGUCUUCCCUCUUCUGGUUUCGAAGCCGGCUCUUGCGACCCGCAGGGCUAGAUCCGGCAUGUUCAGCUCCGACGUCGAGAGGGGAGCAGCCGACGGGAAGAACAUGGGGGCUGCUGCCAACGGUCGCCACUUCGGUCCGAACUACACUGCGCCGUUUUACUACGACGCCGGCGCCUCGGAGGAGCGGGGCUGGACGCCCUGGGUUGUGCCGCUCGUCGUGGUGGGCAAUAUCGCCAUGUUUGUUGUCACCAUGUACGUCAACAACUGUCCCGUCCGUAGAUCCCCCUACGGCUCCUGCGUCGCCGGAUCCCUCCACCGCUUCUCCUUCCAGCCCCUGCGUGAGAACCCCCUCUUCGGGCCUUCGUCAUCCACAUUGCAGAAGAUGGGUGCUUUAGAAUGGGAAAGGGUGGUACAUCAACAUCAAGGAUGGAGGCUUGUGACUUGUAUGUGGUUGCAUGCUGGUCUUAUACAUCUGAUCGCCAAUAUGCUGAGCUUGGUUUUCAUUGGCAUUCGCCUUGAACAGCAAUUUGGAUUCUUGCGAAUUGGGGCAAUAUACCUACUUUCUGGAUUUGGAGGUAGUAUUCUGUCAUCUCUUUUCAUGAGGAAUAGUAUUUCUGUUGGUGCAUCUGGUGCUCUGUUUGGACUUCUUGGGGCAAUGCUGUCAGAAUUAAUUACUAACUGGACCAUUUACACAAACAAGGCAGCAGCCCUAUUCACUCUACUGAUCAUCAUUGUUAUCAAUUUGGCUGUGGGUAUCCUACCGCAUGUCGAUAACUUUGCCCACAUUGGAGGUUUUUUGGUGGGGUUUUUUCUGGGUUUUAUAUUGCUGCUCCAGCCUCAAUUUGGUUGGGUGGCACGCCACAAUCUACCUCGUGAAGGCAGAGUUAAAUCGAAGUAUUUGGCCUACCAGUACAUAUUAGGGAUUGUUUCACUGAUUUUGCUAGUGGUUGGAUUUAUCGUUGGUUUGAUAAUGCUGUUUCGAGGGGUAAAUGGGAACGAUCAUUGCCAUUGGUGCCAUUACCUGAGCUGUGUACCGACAUCUCGAUGGAGCUGUUCAAACUAAUGAACAAAGAACUUGGCCGCUGGAUCGCCUGGGUUAUUUUUUUUUCCUUUAGAAUUAAAUUAUGUAAAUUAGAUGUUCAUAUGUGUGUACCUGAUUUCCUGCAGAUUGAGAUUGAUUAGUCAAUGUUGAAGUGGUCAAA